AUAAUAAGCAAUAUAAAUAUUUUACAUAAUGAAUAAUAUAUUUGCAGCAUCAAAAGUUGACUUGAUGAUGAAAAUAUUUACAUGCUUGAUAAAAUACAAUCCUUACAUUUUAGAUUUCUUUCUCAUUGUCUUUUUCGAAUUUAGUAUGUACAUUUCAACGUUAAUACUCGACUUGACUGGCAAAGUGAACAGAUGGACGCGUAUUUGUGCGUCAGAGCAGCUAAGGAGAAUCAAGUGAGUAAGAUAGAGAGAGUUUGAAAGUAGGCCUUAGAGCCACUCACACAGUCAGUUGUCGACUACGUGUCUGGACGAUUGGUUGGCAUAAUGAGAAGUUUCAUCAGAGAAAAUUUAUAAAUUCUGGAAUUUUGGAAUUCUGGAAACAAAUUUGAAAAAAUAUAUCAAGAAAAGAUUUCCAUAUUUAUAUUGUGCUAUUCUGCAUGCUGAUUGUCAUCGGCUUAUGUCAGUGCAACGAUCUCCCAUCAAAAAUUGAAGUUGAAAACUCAAUCAACCGAACGAUCGAUGAAGUGGAAAGAUUAAUUCGUCAAAAUUCCACUUUGCCACACCUCAAUAGACGUGAAAUUAUUGAUAUACUUUUCAAUAUUACGUCCAAAGAUCUCGAGACAUACAAAAACAAAAAGACAUUUGAAGAAGCAAGAAAUAUCUAUCAAAAGGCUUUGAUGGUAGUCCUGCCUUACAACGCAGAAGACGCGAAGGAAAGUAUCAAAGAUUUAUAUACUAAACCGCCGAUAGUUCAAUUAAUUACAGAUUCUUCUUCCAAUCCGGAAGACUUGAAAGCGUGGAGAAAUAAGAAACUACAGACAAACACGCAAGAAACGCAAUAUGAUAAACAAUUUCUUAAAAAUUUUAUAGUGACAUAUGCUCCAGAGAAAAAUCUAUCAAAGGAAAAUCUAGCUGGGGAAACGCGAUAUAAUAAUCACAAAGAAACAUAUUCGGAAGCAUCUUCAAACAUGCAGCCUUUACAGGAGACACUAAAAUUUGAUUCAGCGCCAAUCAAAUUUAGCUUUAAUCUGGAAAAUCUGCAAAAGCAACCGGCUUUUACCGAAAAGCCAGCAACUGCUACUAGUCGACCAGAACUGUUCCAAGAAUCUUCAUUAACCAAGGACAAAGAAGUCUAUGUAGUAUAUAGUACGAGUGCGACAACGAUUCCCCCCCGAACAGUAGAGAAAAAAAAUGUCACAGUGCUUAACGUGAGACCAGAAAUCACGUCCCGUCCCUUAAAACAUAAUGAAAACAUUUUAUCUGUUGAUCAAUGGCAAUAUAACGCACCACACACAACAACGCAAAGUACCACAACCUUAACUCGCGCGAAACUUCCAGAUACGCUCUUUAAAAAAAUUCGUCACAAGCAACCAGUUUUUCCAACUGCUACUACACACAUGUCAAACACACUGGAAAAUAUGGCCAGUAAUAUUAAGUACAUUCCAGAAAUUUCAAAAAUAACAUCUGAAAAGAUGCAAAUCGUGAACGCUGAACAAUCAGCUCCUAUCUACGUGACACCAAUGCCCCUCUCUCCUCUUUCUCCUCUCCCUCUCUCCUCCUCCUCCUCUUCUUCUCCUUCGGAGAAAUUAAAAAAUAUUUAUAAUUCCACUUACAAUGUAAACUCCGGAGGCUUUCGCAGAAUUACAACAACAACAACAACAAUGCGCCCGGAAGUAAUGGAACUACUUGCUUCAAUUGGACUUCGGCCGAAAAAUGCUACAAAUGUAGAAGAUGUAUUUAAAAAGAAUAAGGAGAGAGAAGAUUUGGAGAUAAAAUCGCAAAUUCCUAACAGUAACGGUUUAAUAUAUACAACUUCCGAAAGUCUGACAGCUGCUAUACCUGAUUCACCAUUGCUGAUAAAUACUUUCGAGAAUCCUGUUUCAGAGCUCGGAAAAGGCAUGAACAAUCUAACACCUGAUGUACAAUUGCUUUUUCAACGAUUUGGUUUGCAAACAUCCAAUCUGGUAACAACCACAACGUCCACGCUGAAGUCGACCAUUAAUACAAACUCUUAUACUAAUUUCAAGCCUUUGCCAACAUCUAGGAUAAAAAACGAAGAUAUGAAAGAAUUUUUAGCGAAAUUUGGACUUGGCGUUAGCGAUAGCAGACAAAAAAAGGCCAUGUCAGUGUCAACAGAACGGCCGUCGUUGAUCGAGGUCGUUCCUGAUAAUAUGAGGCAAAUUCUAGAGAAUAUAGGUCUCGUAUCCCGCAAAACAUCGAGAACGACAUUAAAGAUGGAGAAUAUAGAACCAACAAAGACAACUAAAUUUCACGUGUUUAAGCCGCACGAAGUCCGUGUAAAGGACGAAGAACAGAAAAUGAAAAUCAACGAACUUUUAGAUAAAAUCAGAUUAAUCCAGGAAGGAAAAGCAAGUGCAAAGGACGUGCGAAGAGCAGCCGACGAUUUGCUUGCUACCACAAAAACUUUAAAGGAUGGGCCGGAUCCGCUGACUCUAGAAGAAAUCAUUGGAAUUUACAACGUAGACGUAAAAAAUGAAGUCAAAAGACAACAGAAUCAGGAAGAAACCAAAAUCACUACCAAUGACGAUCGAGCUCUUGCGAAUACCACAUCUACUGAAUCUGUAGACAACGUUUCUUCGACAACGACGACUAUGACCACGAUCCCGGUGACUUCAGAUUCUACGAAAGAUGGUUCAAACUUCCGUGAUGUGUUGACACCAGUUCCGGAAUUAUCGACAUCUGCAAGUACAAAUCUCAUGGCAUUGGAAGAAUCCUUUGGUGGUACUACUCGUGCACCGGAUCCUAUUCUCCCGACCAAACGAAGAAGCGGUUUGUAUUUUCUCGUAGACUGGAAUACCUUCCUCGAGGUCGGCGAUGAAGAUAGCGAGAAAGUGAAUCUGAGAUUUGAGCCAAAAGUUGGUGAUAGAGCAAGAUUUUUGCCAGUCAGCGUGCCCUAAUUUAUGACAAUGUAUCACUUUUAAUACUAAUAAUAUUGUUUCUGAGGAACAUUAAUUUAAUUUAUAUAUUCUAAUGAAUUUAUGAUUUUUAGAGAUUAAAAAUAAAAUAUUUACACAAAGAACUCUCUACCAACCAAAACCUUAAUCUUUUAAUUGACACAUUCCAUACCAUUAAUUUUCUUAGGUAUAUAAAUCGCGAUUUCUCGUAUAAUCUCUCGUAAUAAUUCUCUGGCAAUAGUUGAGCUCUUUGAGCUCGUAGUUUAGCAUAUAUGAGAUUAAAACUUUUACUUAUUUAAUAUCUAAAAAUCAUAAAUAUUAGAAGAUAUACAUAUGUAUAAUAUUUCUUAUCUUUCUCGAAAUGUUAUUAAAAUUAUUAUAAUAUGAAAAUAUUUGAUUUAGUUUUCUUAACAAUAAAUCCAUUAAAAUCGAAUGUAAUUAAAUUAUCAAGUGUACAUAUGUACGUUAUAGUACAAUCAUGAGAAAGUAAUUAUACAAUGUAAAACCUGUUUAUA